UGUACCACGUGACCCGGCUGUCAAAGAUGGCCCCCUCCUACUGGGUGUGAGAGGACCGACAGCUGACAAAGGAAACAAAUCUGUCCAGAAAGGACGGCAGCGAUUCAUAGCGAUUCACUGCACACGUCCGCUCAAACAACGCUGCGCUUGUAUGCAAGGGAAAGUUACCUUCCAAAUGAUGAAGCCUGUAAGAGAGAGGAAGUGACAGAAGAAGGCCUUCAUUGCUGCACACCAUCUGUUCAGAUCAACCCUCCUCCCUCUCUGUGAGCGCCCACCCUCCAGCCAUGCAAAUCAACCCGGUGCACGUGGAGUCCACUGUAGUUUUGGCAGUGGUACUAUGUGUCCACAUGGCGGUCUGGAACCAGCACUCCUGGUGCAGCAUAGCCCUGGUGAUCCAGGCUUUCUACGUGCAGCAUAAAUGGGACCGUCUGCUCAGGUCUGGGGGUGCUGUGUUCCAGUUUCGCCCCUCAGCGAACAGCGGCAUUGUUCCGGCCUCUAUGGUAAUGCCUUUGUUGGGCCUGGCACUGAGAGAAAAGUGCUCUGCCUCAGGGAAUGUCUACUUUGAGCGCUUCUCCAUGGUGAUCACCAUCACAGGCAUGAUGCUAGCCCUUUUCCUCUCCCUGAUUGCACUGGGCAUCACAAGACCUGUUCCCACCAACACUUGUGUGAUUGCAGGAAUGGCCGGCAGCGCAAUUCUCUACACCACAAAGCAGACCCUGACUGUGUCUGAGGUCAUAGAGGUCUUGGAGGUGCUGCUGAUCUUUGUCUAUCUCAGCCUGAUUGUGCUUUAUCUGCUGCCGCGCUGCUUCACACCCGGAGAGGCACUCCUCAUUGUCGGUGGGAUCAGCUUCAUCGUGAACCAACUCAUCAAGCGCUCCCUGAACCUGGCGGAGGUCAAAGGUGACCCGGUGAACUAUUUCCUCCCGGUGUUAGUGGUGGGCUCGUUGCUGCUGGGCGUUUUCUUCGCCCUGCUCUUUUGUUUCAUGGAGUCUGAGAGCUGGGGGUCAUCACUCUUCUUUCACAUGAUGACAGCCGUUCUGGGUCUGGGGAUCUUGAUGCCCUGGCUGUCCUUGUUCAUCGGUCGCCACCCCCUCAUGUGGUUGUUGGACUUCAUCACGCUGAAUGACAGGAGACUCUGCCUGCUGGCGUACUGGGUGUUUCUGUCUGUCGUGGCCAGUUGCGUUGUGGUACAUCAGAACUAUCAGCGCCAGUCGGGUUCCAAGAAGCACCAGGCGUCGACCAUCGUCAGGAAGUAUUUCCAUCUGAUUGUAGUGGCUACCUACAUUCCAGGGUUGAUCUACGACAGGCAGCUGCUCCACGUGGCAUCUGUGGGUUGCCUGGCGGUUUUCUUGUUCUUGGAGUAUGUGCGUUACUUUCGAAUCAGGCCUGUCGGUCAGCUGCUCAGGCAGUUGCUCACUCUGUUCCUGGACGAGCGGGACUCUGGGCCUCUCAUCCUCACCCACAUUUACCUGCUGCUGGGGAUGUCUUUGCCCAUUUGGCUGUUUCCUGGACCCUGUGCCCCUAAGGGGAUACUUCCAGGGGCGGGUGGCCUGGUGCCCUACGCAGGUGUGCUCGCGGUGGGAGUUGGAGACACUGUGGCCUCUGUGUUCGGCAGUACCAUGGGGGAGAUCCAUUGGCCUGGCACCAAGAAAACCUUAGAGGGGACCGCGACAUCUGUGUUCGCCCAGAUCAUCGCCGUGGCCAUGUUUCUCAUCUUUGACAGCAGCAUCAAUCUGAACACCACCUACUCAUGGAUUGUUGGCUCCAUCACUCUGGUGGCCAUGUUGGAAGCCUACACCUCCCAAAUAGACAACCUGCUGCUCCCACUCUACCUCUUCAUCCUCCUGUUACUUUGAAUGGACCGAUCAUACAAACAAGCAGAUCCACUGCCUGUUUCUCAGCCAUUUCUGGUGGUGAACUUGGGACAAAAAAAGCUGUCUUUCGUAGUCUGUGGACAUGAUCACAAACUGUAGUUAUUUUUGACUAGCACAAGGCGAUCGAAAGCAGUCAAAUUAACCGACCAGGGUAUCGACAAACCUUUACAUGCGACAGUGUUGGCAUGACAGUCUGUUGUCUUUAGAUCAUUUUCAGUAUCCUUUGCAAUGACCAAUGGAACAUUUUAGAUCAAGUCUGAACCUCGCGACAGAGGUGGCGUAUGUUUUCUCUGCCACUGACACCAACAGCUCCUAAAUUAUGCAACAGGAGACUCAGUUUAGCAGAGUGUGGAGGAGAAAAAAAGUGUUUCUUAAAUAGAAAUCCUGGACACGUUUUUAUAAUCGGCAAGAAAUACACAAAUGUCCUGUCGUUUUUGUUUCAUUAACAGAUACAUGCCUUGUAUUGCCUUUCGAAGAACAUAAUUUAAAGUUAUCUUAUUGAUAUGUCUUUUAAUCAACUUUCUCACGUCUAGGCUAUUAUUUUUGCCUCCCUGAUGGCAAUAUGAAGAAGUUUCUUCUGAAAAUACUUGCCUUAAGAAGUAUAUUUUCUAUCACACACAACCUACCAUAGUAGAAGCUGUACACGCUAGCAUGGCAGCCCAUUUCAACUCUUAUUUAAAGGGCUGAUUUAUACUUAUAUAUGGUAGAAACACACUAUGCUCCUGCAUGAGACUGAUGUGAUAAUGCAGUACUGUAACGUGUAUGCCGGUUAUCCUACCGCAUAUAUUUUUGUCAGAUAAAUCAACUUUGCUUAGCAGUUUGUGGUUUAAUGGGACCCUGCACCCCUUCAAUAUCUACAUUUCCUUGUAAUACUGAGCCUUUAGUGUUUUGUUUUUUGGGGCUUUGUAGAUAUGCUUUUGGGCCACACCCAUGCACACAGGCCUUUACGUUUUGGCAACUUUUACAGCAAGAUUUACUUCUAAAUUAUUGUUUUAUAUGCUUUAUAGCAAUAUACUCUAAUUUUUAUUGGGUUUGAUCUCUUCAUUUGUAGAUAAGGAAAUGGAGCUGGUUUCAGUUCAUCUGUAAAAGUUCUGAAGUGUUUCUUUUUUGUUUGUUUGUUUGUUUUAAUGUUGUGAUAAUGUUUAUUAGCCUGAUCCUGCUGGUGUGUUUCUUUUUCCAACAUUCUUACAUUUUGAAAGAAAAAUUUAGUAUUGCAUGUUUCAGAACAUCUGAGAACAAACAAAGCUUUUUUUGUUUUGGGGGGAUUUUGGUUUGUUUGUUUGGUUUUUUGAGGAUUGAGAUGUAGGACCUUUGUGAGCGACUGUACUUUAACAACACAAAGAUUAUCCUUUUGCUUUUUCACUUUGAUUUGUGACACUAACACAAGAAGUUUGAAUGCUGCGCUUGAUAAUUACACGUACAUAAAGCUUUGUCUUUUUCAUUUUAAGUUAGGUCUUAAAAUGAACAUACUUGAAAGCAGAGAUGCUCGCUGUUGUCUGUAAAUGGAGGAAUUCAUUGUCUUAUUUGGGCACAAAUCAUUUAAAAAGAUCUUGCACAAGAAUAAAGCUGUUGACAAUGCUGAUGAGGAAAUGCUUAAUAAAGGUGGGUGGAAAUGUCAGUUGCACAGUGAAAUCUCCAUGGAGACUUGAUCAAAAAAAAUGUUUAUUUAAAUUUUUUUUUCAGCCACAAUUUAAAACACUUUUCCAGCAAAUUUAUAAUUAAGUUAGAAAAAAUUAUUAGUCUAAAUGCUGGUUAGUAAGGAACCAGAGAAUGGCCAAGCUUGCAAUUUUUUUUUUCUUAUAAAACUAGUUUAAUUCUUCUGUUACCCUCUUUUUGUGAUAACUUGACAUAAGCAGACUGACUAAGCAGUUGCACAGACUGAAUUUGUCAAACCAGCAUUCCCCAAUCUUUGAGCAACGCAAAAGCAGUACUGGCAGCAUGUGAACACUGACAAACUGAACUACGGGUGGCAGAGCAGUAUAUUUUCCCAAGGACGAUCAAAUCAAAACUGCACACAAACGCAAAAAUUUCAAACCCAGAAUAUCGGAUGAAAGCAACACUGCUGCAACCAAAUCAGCAGCGUGUGAGACUGUGAUCGAAAAAGGGCUGUACAGUAUGUAAUUUAAAAAAAAAUCCUAUGAAUGUGUGUGUGUGCUUUAAGUGUUUUGACUGAAAAAGUGCAAUAUCAAUAAAGUCUAUUUAAAGCCAGGAAGGAAAGCUGGUUAAAUACGGAGUUAAUAGACUUAUUACAAUGUUAUUAAAACAUGGUUUCAAGUGUUAACUUAAUUAUAAUGCUGCAUGUUGCAAAAUCAGCCUGGUGUUGAGCUGUUUUCUUGUGGCAUGCAAGAAAGUUUAGGUGUAGUCUUUCAACUGCAAACCUACAGAGAAGACAGCAGCUAAUCCAUGGCCUGGACUUCCUUUAAAUAUGAUAUGAUAUGGUUCAUAUACACGUGACAGAUGAGCAUGUUUCACUUUUGACAUGACCAAGGAAAAAAAUGCAUCUCAAAGCCUCUUUCCCAGAUGUACACUAUUUCAAAGAAAUGCUCAACUGGGUCUUCCUCCCCUCAUCACUUCCCACAGGUCAUGCCACAUGGGAUUCCCUCCCUGAUCCUGGUUAUUCUGAAGCCAUCUUCCUGUUAAGAGGGAGUUUUUCCUACUCACUGUUGCCAAGUUCUCACUCAUAGGGAGUCAUCAGAUUGCUGGGAUUUUCUCUUCAUUAUUGUAGGGUCUUUACCCUAAAAUAUUAUAUUUUAUAUAAAUAUAAAACUGUGAUUUAGUCCUACAUAAACAGAAUUGAAUUGAAUGGCAAAGCAUAGCAAAACAUUCAGUUUGAAUGUGCCCCAAAACAACUAUACUAGAAGUUUAAGAUAUUAACAAAAAUGUUUUGCAGACAGGACAGGCUUUAGGACCGUCUAUCCUGGGUUUGAAUCCCCUAGCCGACCACUCUGUGGAGUUUGUAUAUUCUCCCUGUGCCUGUGUGGGUGAUCUCCAGGUACGCCGGCUUCGUUCCACACUCUAAAAACAUGCAAGUUAGGUUAACUGGUGACUCUAAAUUGACCGUAGGUGUGAAUAGACCACAAUAGACUGUCAACCUGUCCAGGGUGUAGCCACCUCUCAGUAGCCCAGUGACUCCAAAUUGUUCAA